AUGUCCCCUUUCGACGCCUAUCAAACUCCCGUACCCAACCUUCUCUAUUCCCCGCGAUUCUUCGAACGCUUGGACUUCAGGAUGGCAAGUGACAUGGUCUUGCCCACUAUCGCGCCUCCUGGGACCCUCUCAGCCUGGACCUUCGAUGUCAGUGUUCCCAAAGUCGCUUCCGCCAUUUCUGUCGACGAAGACGAGGUGAUCCCCUCGCUUGAGGACCUUCUUCCGAUUACCAAGGCUGCUGAAGAUGCUUUCAAUGAAGGAAAGCGUUCGGUCAUUGCAACAAUGAAAAUAUCUGGAGAAGCAGUAUCACAACAGUGGCAUUUCAUGAAGAUCCGUCUAUUCAUUCUCAUCAACAACAAUUCCACCUAUAUCCACCUCGCCAAACAAGCAUUCCAGAGGCUCAGCUCUUGUGGCAUGCUCACCAACGCUUGGAUCGAAAAGCUCGCGCGAUGCCCAAUUCACUCACCAAUCUCCGGCCUCGAAAUUACUCAGUUCCCGCUUUUCAAGCUUGGGCGACUCAUUGGUGAAGACUGGCUUGAGGAGGACGUGCUCAACGCCCUACUCGAGCUGCUAUACCUCAAGAAUCAUGUUCCUCUGUCCAGGGACGCGAACUUCUGCCCUGACAUUAUCUUGCCGACUCUUUUUGGGAAUGAGGCGAAGUACCUGCUUUCUGCGUCGUCUCCUGCAGCACAUCGUCACGAUUCCAUCCCUUUCAAUCAAAACCUUGUUGCUCUCCGCAGCCAGCUUAAAACCACCCAGUCCCGCCAUAUUCACCUCGUUUCCUGUGACGAAAAUCAUUUCUCUGUCCAAACCUACCACACGGACACUGGGCGCCUAGAGCAUCGCGACUCUAUGCAUCGAGAUGCCCCAUCGCAUUCCCUGACUGUCUUCAAAACCGUGGUGAAGGGCCUAGGGCUCCCUGAACCAAUGAAAGUAACACCCGUAGCUGUUCCUGUCCAAGUCCAUUCUCAUGGGAGCUGCGGGGUAGCGGCUUUAAACUUCGUCGAGCGUCAAAUUAGUCCCAAAGCCUACCAAUGGACCGAUUCCAGCUCAACCUACCACCGUAAUGUGGCAUUGCGCAACUUGGCGUUGUAUCAUCUUGUAUCCAUGGAUCAUAUACACGACAAAGAGACGUGGUCAAUUGAUCGUCUUUAUGCUUCAGCACCAGCCAAGGCUACUGCAGAGAAUCCUUGGGCGUCUGGCUAUAAGGAUUUCAAUCUUCAGUUACCAACCAACUGUCACCCGAUUCAUGCAUUUCUCCAAGUUCUCCCCUUUGAACCGUUCCAGGAGAUUACAAAUUGUCAUGACACGCCUGAGAACCAAGGUUCAGCUAGUGUUCAAAGCCACGGCGUGUCGGUUGUUAGGAUCAAGGACGAAAUCAAUGAUAGCGACAUCGAAUUAUUCACCCCUCCUCCUUCCCUCCUAUUCACACUCAAACGCUCCGCAAAACUUGAGUCGUCACCACCCGCAAAGCUGGAUACUGUAACAUCAGCUACUACCAGAAUCAUUGACCUGACAACUCCCUCGCCUCCCCCUGCUGUUAAAAUCGAGCAGGAUCUAGUCCUUGAUCUAACAGUACCACCUCCACGUCUCUCGAGACUUAAUUCUGGACCAGUCAUCGACCUCACAACACCGACUCCUUCGCCGUCCCCAGAGUCGAAGCCCUCAAGCACAAAACGGAAGCGUGACACGUCCAUCGCUGAGUCGGUUGAGUCCGACUCGGAUGUCCAUGCCAAUUCAAAGCAGCAAAGGACUAUUGAAGCGCUGAAAACCACAAUCGAGGUUGGGACGGUGUAUCACUCAUUAGAGGAGGCCAAAACUGCGAUCUAUACGGUUGAGGAGAGGCUGGGAUUCAUGUGGCGGAUGGCUCAGUCGAAGAGGGCAUCCAACGGCACACGGAAGAAAGUCACCCUCCGCUGUCGGUGCUAUGGUACUCACACUCCCAUUCACCUCAAUUCUAUCGACCCAUCUGAUCACCGGGAAGGGAAAUCCAUCAAGACUGGGUGCACAGCACGAGUUAAUCUCAAUCGCAUUGCAUCCGGCCAAUGGAACAUCACACUUGUCGACUUCAGCCACAACCAUAAUCGGGUUCUUGCCAACAACGGGCGCAUGCCACAUCCCCCGACUUCUGAUCAACGCGACACCGUUAAGCAGCUCGUCUCCAACCCUGGAUCCGCCUUUAAUCGCACCCAUAUUUCUGGGAUACUCUCACACCAAUAUCCCUCUCAUCCACUUGAGCCCCGACAGGUGUCCAACCUGAUCAACGAUGCAAAAAGAGAGGCUCGAGCGGAGGUAGAACGGUUGGGAGGCGAUGUUGCAACCAUUCUCGCACGCUUACAAGAGCUGAGGGCCGAGGAUCCUAACUGGCAGUUUGAGAUUCGACUAGACUCGCAGCAGCGCCUAGUGGGGCUGUGGUGGCAGUCUCCAGAGCAGGUGGCGCUCUCUCGCCGGUUUCCUGACUUGAUCUUAACCGAUGACACCUAUAGUCGUAACCAAUACGGCUACCCCUUGAAUCUGGGACUCUGUAUCGACAGCUUUGGCCACUCGCGCAUCCUUUGGUUCUGCGUGCACGAAACAGAAGAGAUCGAGACGUACACUUGGAUUUUUCAGAACCAUCUUCGCACGACAUCUUCUCCACCGGAGGUACUCUUCUCUGACAGGCAUGGCUCCAUCAUUCGUGCCUGCGAAAUCACCAUGCCCUUCACUUUCCACGCAUUCUGCCUCCACCAUCUCAAUGGUAACCUUGCAACCAACCUACGACCGGCAGUUGGCGCUAAAUGGUCUGACUUCAGUUCAGACUUUUGGAAGGUUUAUCGUUCCCCAUCUCCGGAGUGCUUCGAAGAGGGAUGGAGUGCUCUUCAAUCCAAGUACCCAUCUGCAAAGGGCUACCUGGCGGACUUGUAUCAGUGUAGGGAACGCUGGGCUUGGGCCUGGAUUGGGACGGUGUUUACAGGCGGUAUACGCACCAACGGCCGUGUUGAGGUGGAAAAUCGAAUCACCAAGACCAUAACAGGUCCCAAAUCGACGUUCUUCCAAGUGUUUCUUGCCCUCAACGACCGAAGCUCAGCUCAAAAUGUCAACGAAAUGACAGAAAUACGAAAGUCUUCUCGAAGGCAGCAUGACCAGCCUAUCGAGUUAGUGUUCUCCGGACCACUCAGACUGCUCAGACAAUAUGCAGGACCUUUUGCGCUCCACUCGACGUUCAAAGAGAUGAAGAAAAGCGUAUUUUAUAAUGUGGAAAUUAUUCAGCUUCCCCCAGGGAUGAAAAGCUGGACAGAUUCAGCCUUCCUCCUGACAGAUACUCCGGCCUUUUCAUGGUCAAGCAACGAGGAAUUGAAAAUGAUAAAUAGCUUCGAGAACGACGAGGCAUAUGUCUCCAUGAGGUGGAUUCUUCGUUUGCUUCACAGGCGACAGCUCCAUCCUUCACAUAUACUCAAGGUAUCGCAUAUGGCUACAAGGUCGUAUCACUACCUUGCUAUCCUUCCAGAUAAUCGCUAUAUGUGCGAUUGCUGCAUGGGCGUUAAUCUGGGUGUUCCUUGCCGGCAUUAUCUGAAGGCCUGGACUGUUGUUCAUGGUCUUGGGUUUCAUAUGGGGCUCGUUCGGGCUAGAUGGUUCAAGAACGCAAAUUUGGACGUGUCAGCCCUCCCUACUUUGAUCUUUGACCAUGCAGCCGGCACCCGGGAGGAGCUUCCAGAAUCAAAGGCACUGCCCAUUCCAUCCGCCUUACUUUCCAACCCCCUUGAGCGACGAACUGUCGCCCAGAUAGCCAGUCCUCCACCUCCGACACAGACUGUGGGCGCUCGCGCCGUAAACCACGAAGCCCAUGCCCUGCUCAGACCGAUUCUAGCCCACGUUCAGACACAAGAGCAGUUGGACGAUGUUCUCAAUGACCUUCGAAAUCUCAGGUAA